AUGCCGAUGUUCAGGACAAUGGCCGUGCUUGAAGGGUUGAAGCUGACCAUUGAAAACUUCGACGAAAUGAAUUUACCAUCAACAGUCACAGUUCCCGAUUUUCCUUCUGAUCUCACUUGUGAGAAAAAUCAUCAUGUGGCCUUCGACCGAGUGGUCUACAUUGAGCGAACGGAUUACAGACAGUGUCUCAUUAGUGCUUUAAUACAUAAGAUAUUUCAUGCUAUGGGUCACAGACUUGUCAAUAAGCUACACGUAGCUCAUCAUCUGGCUCAGAAAGAUGUUUCAUAG